AUGACGAGCACCGGCCACACCGUCGGGGUAACCUUCCACCUCGCCAAUCCUCCGGCAGUCUCCCACUUCAGCGUCCAUGGCCCUAGACUCAAGCGCGAGGAUUUCGAAGGUGUGCCCGAGGUCGUCUCCGCUCAGAAAGACCUCGUCCUCCUCCGCCUGGCCCUCACCUUUGGCCCAAGAAUUCGAAGCGGCACCCCUGGAUCGCCUGAUCGUGUGCUCCACGACUACUUCGUCUACGAGGCCCGCCGUGGCAUGGCGUCGCUGAAACUCAUCCCGGUUCUUUAUACUUAUUAUAAACCAAUGUCUAUCUGCAUCGUGCCCAGUGACGACGGGGAAUUCCUCAUCGCCGCUUUCCUCUGUACGAAUCACGUCUUCGAAGAGGACCGCUGCGUCUUCUCGUUCAAGACGGGGAAGUGGAGCAGCUGUGAACGUUUGGAACUCAAGAUACCUCCGGAGAUCAACUAUCACGACCUGCCCAGGCCAACCGACAAAGUGAUCCUGCUCGGAGGAGGCGAGGUGGGCUUGGUCGACCUCCGGCGGGGCAUCAAAAUCUGCAACGUGCUGGACGCGGACCCAGUCUUCCGUCUCAUACCGCUACCCAAGGCUGAAUUCUUCCAUGACAAUGACAAUUGGGACGACUCGCAGCUGAUCCGGGAUGUCGUCGUCUGCGAUGGCUUCAUCCAGCUUGUCGAGAUAGAUCGCCGUUUCAGGCAGGUGCUUGGCGUGAACGAUAAAAAGAAGAGCUGCAAGAAGAUGACCAGCGAUUUUGACAAGAAUACAGAUAUUAUCUACGACUCGGAGGUCCUCCACCGCAAUCAUGCCCGUCCGGAACUCAUUCCUGUCCCUGAUGGCUGGAAGAUCCGGACAUGUUACAGGCACAAAUCCUGGGACUAUUGGCUUAAGGGGCACGUUGUUGAUGUUGAUGGCUCGUUUGAUCAUGUGCCCGAGCUGUCGGAUGGCGGUGCCGGAAAAUAUGCAUUAAGGGACCUCGCGACAGCUUACCCGGUCCUGAGCGUUGUUCCUUCGGAAGAUGUUGUUUACCUCACGUCCAAGGUGAAGUCUGAUGACACCAAGGCCUGGAUGGUUGCUCUUCACCUUAGAAGCAAUACGCUGGAGGCACUUGGACCAUAUUCUGCAAGUUAUUUCAAACGGCCCAAGUUCCUUGUCUGUGCAUUUUCCGAAUAUCUGAAUACACCUCCAAAUCAGGUUCCCGCGUAA